AUGAGACGCCAUGGAUGGCAACGCCCUCUCCAUCCUUUGCAGUUUGUGGGAAUCGCCGUUUACGUUUUUCUGGUUGUCUGUUUCUUCACAUUCCUCGGACUUUUCCUCGGAAACCCAACUGCAGAGAUCACUCUCACCCUCACAUUUUCCUUAGUCGCUGUUUCCGUUAUCUUUCUCUUCGUGAGGUGUACGGCCAUUGAUCCCACUGACAGAACCAGCUUUAGGAAGAAGAGAAGAGCCAAAUCCAAUUCGAUUCCCAAGCUCAAUUACGGGUUCAUUCUUGGUCAAAUUGUGAUGAGGUUUUUCAGGAGGGUGGAAAGGAAGUUGCUUAGGACCUUCAUUAAGAGGAAGUACUUGGAUCCGUUUAAGACAAGUUCUCAAAUGGACCCUUUACUUCCAUUCCCCCUUGUCAUGAAAGAUGACGAUGAUGCCAUUGCCCCUAAUCUCAAAGACGACGAUAUCUCCUUUUGCGCGCUUUGUGAUUUUGAGGUGAAAAAACACAGUAAGCACUGCAGGACUUGCAAUCGCUGUGUUGAAGGGUUUGAUCACCAUUGCAGGUGGUUGAAUAACUGUGUUGGGAAAAGGAACUACACAACAUUCUUUCUUCUCAUGAUUUUCGUGCUUUUAAUGCUUGUCAUUGAAGGAGGGGCUGCAAUUGCUAUAUUUAUCCGGUGCUUUGCGGAUAAAAGGGGAAUAGAAAAGGAGCUUCUGAAGAAGCUUCAUGUAGAGUUUCCAAGAGGAGUUCUUGCCACCAUAUGUGUGUUGCUUCUCUUAUUGACAGCUUAUAGCUCAGCAGCACUGGGGCAGCUUUUCUUCUUUCAUGUGGUUCUGAUACGAAAGGGAAUGAGGACCUAUGACUAUAUCCUAGCGAUGAGAGAAGAGAACCAAGCCAUGGAAUUGGAAUCAUUGGACGAUUCUGAUUUCUCUUCAGACGAGAGCUUUGAUUUUGACUCACCUGAAAAGCCAACACUAAUGUCAAGGUUUCUAUGCAAAGGACAGAGGAGCUCACCUAGGUUGUCUAUCAGAAUUGAAGGAGAUACUGAACCUUCCCCCUUGAUCAAGACAAAGAAGUUCCACGUAAGCAUUAACCCAUGGAUACUCAUAAAGUUGACCAGAGAGAAAGCCCUACUGGCAGCUGAGAAGGCCAGGGAAAGGCUUAUGAAAGAUAAGCCAAUGGAGGAAAAUACUUCAUUAAAACCUCUUCCACUGGAGACAAAAUGCGGACCAUUGAUGAAUGCGGAUAAAAAUAUGGACACAGAGGGAUUUGGGUCAGCAUCUUUUGUAGCAAAAGGGAGAGUUCCUGCAUCACCAGGAAGAUUUUCAAGCCCGAGAAGGAGAUUUUCCGCUGGCUCACCGACGGUGUUCUCUAGCAGCAUGAUGCCAUCCCCACAACACAAAUAUAGAAGCAGUUUCGACUUGAAAUUAACAAGUGUGUCCAGGGAGCUUGAUACACAUAUUUCAAGGCAGGUUCUAUGUUCAGUCAUCAGCAAAGAAGAUAGCGAACCAUCUCCAAAAUAG